AUGAAAACACAGGAAAUCAUCAAAUUCCUCGCGGGAAUGUACUCCCUCCUUAACAACACGCAAUGGCGAAACGGCACCCAAGUCCCCGACCCCUGGGGCACAACCCCAGCCGGCUUGCUGACAUACACGCGCUACGGGUACAUAUUUGCGGUGAUGAACUCGAUGGAGCCGGAGAAGCGGCCGCUUAACUUGACCUGGCCGCCAGGUGAGCAGGGGAGCGUUGAGGAUUGGGCGUUGAUCGCUAAGAGCUCGCUGUCGUAUUCGGGGCCGUUUGGUCUUAACACGUCGGUUCCGUUGACGAAGUUCAGCGGGCAGGUGUUGCAUGGUCCGGUGGUGACGGGGAGUAUGCCGAGCAUGGUGGGAGUGGUUCAGAGGAGGAAUUAUACGGUUGUGGAGCGGGAUGGGGAGGUGUACUUGUCGAUUGCUGUCAUCACGACGCAGGUGGGUGCGAGGUCGGAGAUUUGGUGGAGGAGGGUGGCGAAGGGGUAG